AUGGCUUGGUAUCUAUACUGUAUGAUUACUGAUAUUCUUAAUGAAGCAGAACAGAACAAGUUGUUCCUGAUCAAUGGCAUCAACUCUGCUGUUUUUGGUGUGAAGCAAGGUGUUGCUCUUCAAGUUGUUGAUUCCUUGUGGAAAGGAAUUCGCCACCAAGUAUUAGAUAUUAGGAGAAUCAUAAAUGAACCAUCACGGCUAUUGUUUGAUGCUGCAAAAGUUGGAAACUUUGACCUUUUGGCUGAGUUUGUGAAGUCUUAUCCCUGCUUAAUAUGGGAGUUGGACAACAAAAGGAGAAACAAAGAUGAUGGAAACAAUAUAUUACAUUUGGCUGCAAAGUUAUCACCAGCUGAUCGACUUGAAUUGGUGUCUGGGGCAGCUUUUCAAAUGAAGUUUGAACUAUUAUGGUUUGAGGAGGUAAGGAAGAUAGCGUUACCAUCAUAUGUGAAUAUGAAAAACUCAAAUGGUGAAACUCCUCGGGAGUUGUUCACCAAGGAGCACGCAUCAUUGAGAAAAAAUGCCGAGUCAUGGAUGAAGAGAACAUCUAACUAUUGUAUGGUUGUUUCAACUCUUAUUGCUACCGGAGUGUUUUCAGCUGCAUUUAGCAUACCUGGUGGCAUUAAUGAUGAUACAGGAGUUCCAAAUUAUUUGGGGAAACGAUCAUUCAUGAUAUUUGCUAUAUCAGAUGUGAUAUAA